AUGUUCACAGCAAGAGACUUAGAUGUAUUGGAGAAGAUGGGUUCUAUAAAUAAUUUCAAGAUGGGCAUUUUAGCAGAAAAAGAAGCUUGGGACCUAUUUGCCAAUAUGGCAGGUGAUGUUGUUCAAACAAGUGAACUGAAUUCUCUAGCGAAUGAUGUAUGCAAGCAAUGCAAAGGAUUGCCUGUCGUUAUUUGUGCUAUAGCUAAAGCUUUAAAAACCAAGACUCGUCCAUCCAAGUGGAAAGCAGCCUUAAGAGAAUUGAGAGCUCCUUCACCAUCCAAUCUAAUGGAAAAUUAUGCUUCCAUUUCAGACCUGUUCAUACAUGUUGUGUGUCUUGAUAUACUUGAAGGAGCUAACUUGACAAUGGAAGAUGCACGUGAUCGACUAGAUAAUUUGGUUCAUGAGCUCAAAGAUGCUAGUUUGUUACUUGGCGAGGUUACAAGCGAAUAUUUUGCUAUGCAUGAUGUUAUCCGUGAUGUUGCUAUCAUAAUAGCAUAUGUUGAUCAUCAUGUAUUUACAACAAAAAAUGACAUUGAACGAGAUUGGAAGAAUAGAGAUAAACUCAAGAAAUCCACAAGAAUCUCCCUCCCUGGUAAUAGUACUAUUAUUAGUCAACUUUGGCCCAAUGAUUUGGAUUGUCCAACUCUUGAAUAUUUCUAUAUGCCAAACUCUCAUUUCAAUAUCCCAGAGGACUUCUUCAAGGUGAUGCCGAUGCUCAAAGUUUUAAAUUUAGCUGGAUUGCAACAAUUGUCAUUGCCAUCAUCCCUUCAUCUUUUGAAAAACCUUCAAACACUAUGUUUAAAUGAUAGCACAAUUAAAGAUGUUGCUAUUAUCUGGGAGUUAAAGAAACUGAAAGUCCUUAGCAUGCGACAAUCAUUUAUUGAGGAGUUGCCUAUAGAAAUAGGUCAGUUGACUGAAUUGAGAUUAUUAGAUUUAAGCUAUUGUAGACAGUUGCAUGUUAUUGUGCCAAAUGUGAUAUCAAAAUUAUUGCAAUUGGAAGAAUUUCACAUAAAGGGAUGCCCUAUUCAAUGGAAGGUUGAAGUACUCAUGGAAUUAAAGAGCUUGAAAAAUCUCACAAGUGUAGAAUUGAAUGUCAAAGAUUGCAAGGUGCUACCUCAAAACUUAUUUGCCAAAGAGCCUAGAAGGUACAAAAUAUCAAUAGGAAAUUAUUGGGAGCGUAGAAGGAGCUUAUUUCCAGAAUAUGGCGAACAUGAGAGGACGUUGGCAGUUAAUUCUAUCAAGUUACUAGAAGAAUUUAAUGCAUUCAAGAAUGUUGAAGUCUUAGAGUUGGCUGAAGUUUCAGAAGAUGAGAACUAUGUUGAGGAUUCAAAUUUUGAUUUGCAGUCCAGUGAAAUCACGCCUUUAUUUAAUGAAAAGGUUAAUUUUACCAAAUUUAGAACGUUGGUAUUGUACGAUAUUAGUUUGGGCAGGAUUUGGGACAGCCAAAUUUCAACUUUCUCUCAAAAUUUGAAACAAUUGAAGUUGAAAAGAUGUGAAAAGAUGACAUAUGUGUUUCCAUUUUCUAUAGCCAAAAGCCUCAGACAACUUCAAAGCCUAGAGAUAAUAAAUUGUGAGGUUUUAGAGAAGAUUGUUGAAGAAGAAGAAGGAGCAGAAGUUGUUGUUAAUUCUAUCUUUCCAAAGGUAACCGAAUUGGUGCUCAGAUAUCUACCAAAACUUACAAUUUUAUAUCCAGGAUUACAUGCUUCAGAAUUCUCGAUGUUCAAAAGGUUGGAGAUAGAUUUGUGUGAAAAUUUGACUUUAAGAUAUUUGGGCUUGCCAGAUGAUAACAACAAGGGUGCACUUCCAAUAUCAGAGAAUAAGAUCAACCACAAUUUGGAGGAUUUUGAAUUGACAAAUGGUGAGAUAAGCAUUACUUGGGAGAGUGAAGAUAAAUAUCUUAGGAUCGGGCAGGAUGACUCAGCUUAUAUUCCACUUGGACUCCUCCAAAUAUUUCAAAGUGUGAAAAAGCUUGAACUAUCUGCGUAUGAAUACAAAGAAAUUAAGAGUGUAUAUAAUCUUCCAAAUCUUGAAGAUCUACGUGUAUGGGAUUGUGAGAAAUUGAUGAGUCUAGUGCCAUCUUCAGCUUCCUUACAGAAUCUUAAAGUUCUCGAAGUCACCGGUGCAAAUGCAUUACUUACCUUAAUAACGCCUUCAACAGCUAGAAGUUUGAUGCAGUUAAGAGAAUUGAGAAUAUCUAGGUGUGAAAUGCUGCUUGAAAUAAUAGGGAAUGAGGGAGAUACAACAACAAGUAGUGAGAUUGUUUUUGACAAUUUGAAGUUGUUGUCACUUACAGAAAGAAUUAAUUAUAGAAGAAUGUCCUCAUUUGAAGACUUUUUCUCGAGCAAUGUUAAACACUCCAAAGUUGCACAGUAUCAAUUACGAGAAAAUAGGGAAUGA